CGUGACGUUAAAGUCAAAGGCUUGGAACUUUGGCUUUAUUUGGUCAUCUAAGCAGACAGGCGAUCAGAAUUGCAGUAGGACUCUCAAAGAUUAGGCAGACUCGUGCUUAGGGAUAUGCGUCUCUGCCUCUUCCAUCUACCAUGGCUUCUAUUGUUUCCGCUGGUCGCAGAGCUAACUUGCUCUUAUUCGCCGGAAAAGCGCUCUUACCUGACCCAUGACUAUUUCGUUCUGGAGCAUAACCCCGCAGCUGGAGCAUCUCUGGACGAAUGUGCCGGAGAGCUCGGUGUGGAAGUCGUAGAACAAGUAGGCGAGAUUCGAAACCUGUGGCUUGUCCGAAGUGCGAAAGCAAUGUCGCGGAUACGUGCCAGGUCGACGGAGGACAGUGUCCACACUCGGUAUGAGAGUCUCCGUACACGCGCGGCUACGAGCAAUUCUUUUUGGGUGCGCUCACAUCACCAGCGGAGUGCUCGCCGUAUUCUCUCUUCCAUCAACUAUCUUGAAGAACAAGUCCCUCGCCGACGCAAUAAACGUGACGACGCCCAUAUCCAGAGGGCCCCACCACCAACUACCCCCGCAGACCAGACCCCCGAUGCUUCAACCUCCGUUGCUGCACAUCUUGGCAUUUCUGACCCCCUAUUUACCUCCCAAUGGCAUAUUAUCAACCCCGACUACCCAGAGCAUAUGAUGAAUGUCACUGGUCUUUGGGAAAUGGGCAUAACUGGCCGAGGCGUAAUAACCUCCCUCGUAGAUGAUGGACUGGAUUAUAACAACAGAGACUUGGCAAAGAACUUCGACGCUGCCCACUCCUAUGACUUCAACGACCAUACUGACCUUCCCACCCCAGUCCUUGCAGACGACCGUCACGGCACUCGCUGCGCAGGGCAAAUAGGAGCCGUAAAAAAUGAUGUCUGCGGAGUUGGCCUGGCCUACGAAUCCAAAAUUGCUGGCGUUCGAAUCCUCUCCGGUCCAAUCACUGACGUCGACGAGGCUGCUGCUCUUAACUAUGGUUUCCAUAACGUGUCUAUAUAUAGCUGUAGCUGGGGACCGCCGGAUGACGGGAAAUCAAUGGAAGCGCCAUCAUAUAUCAUCCAAAAGGCCGUCGUCAACGGCGUCCAGAACGGCAGAGGUGGAAAGGGUUCCGUCUUCGUCUUUGCCAGUGGCAAUGGGGCAAUGUUCGGAGAUCAGUGUAAUUUCGACGGCUAUACCAACAGUAUAUAUUCCGUGACUGUGGCCGCUGUGGAUUACAAGGGACUGCACCCAUACUACUCUGAAGCUUGUGCAGCAAACAUGGUUGUCGCCUACAGCUCAGGGAGUGGGAAGAGUAUAGUCACCAGCGAUGUCGGGGAUGGCAAGUGUUCCAAUUCUCAUGGAGGAACAUCCGCUGCUGCGCCGAAUGCUGCUGGUGUGUUCGCACUUGCCCUUUCAGUGCGGCCCGACCUAUCCUGGCGUGACAUUCAACACCUUUGCGUACGAACUGCCGAGAAGAUCAACCCCGAGGAUCCAGACUGGGAACGGACGGCGACUGGAGGAUCCUUCAGCUACAAGUAUGGUUACGGACAGCUCAACGCGUACGCUUUCGUCACUGCGGCUCAGAAUUGGUCGCUCGUUAAGCCGCAGGCGUGGUUUCACCCUUCCGCAAUUCAGAUCAAUAAUGGCUCAUUACUGGAUGAAGAGGGAGAGAUGACGGGCGGCGUACCGAUUAUCCGCGGAGGCAUCUCUAGCACAUUCACUGUGACACAGGGAAUGAUGGAGCAACACAACCUAGAGGAUAUCGAGCAUGUGACGGUCCGAGUGUGGAUAUCUCACACGAAAAGAGGUGACGUGGAGGUUGAAUUAUUCAGUCCAAAUGGAAUACGGAGUGUGCUGGCUGCACCCCGCUCACAAGAUUUCGACAACACAGGAUUCCGUGGUUGGCGUUUCAUGUCAAUUAAGCAUUGGGGUGAGAAUCCCCUUGGCCAAUGGACCAUCAAGGUGUCAGACCAGGAAGGUCAGAAUGGAACAUUUCACGGCUGGAGGCUUAUGUUUUGGGGCUCCACCAUCGACGCUUCAAAGGCGAAAACCUAUGUUCUUCCUAACGAUGAACAUCUUCUCCCUUCUUUGGAGGAACCGGAAUCGAUAGAUAUCCCCACAUCUCCCAUCACCAAAAUUCUUCCGAAGCCCACGUUGGGUCUCCCAGAUGAUCACGAAAGUGCUGAGGGAGAAGCCAACCGGCCCGCUUUUUCUGGUAAACCUACGGGAUCCGCGAUACCUACCAUGACGCCUACGCCCGAUGAAGGCUGGUUCUCAGACAUGUCUAAUCUUGUCUAUAGCUCGAGGUGGUUCUUCGUUGCACUGAGUGUGGUCCUCCUUUUCGGCAUUGGUGCAGGUGUAUUUUUCUGGCGCCGGCGUGUUAGGCGUCGCGCUGCAUACUCAUCAUUAGCUGUGGAGGAUGUGGCUAUGACCUCAGUGACUGGCACGGUACGUCCGGGGGUACGUGCGAAGGAACUCUACGAUGCAUUUGGCGAAGUAUCGGAUGACGAGGAUGUGGAUGAGGAAGGACCUAUGCUGGAAGCUUCAAGACGACCUGAAAUCCAUUCAGGCUUCUUGGACGAUGAUGAAGAAAGCGCCGAAGGCACACCGAGAUACAGGGAUGAUCCCGAGGCUGGCGAUGAUGAGCAACGUCAUCUCACGGCUGAGGUCAGAUCGGAUAGCGCAGGUAGUGGGUCUAGUUGGGAUCAUGCAUCUCAGGCUUGACGCAUUUUUUCCUCUUCGUAAGGGUUCUAAUUGAAUAAAGCUACUACUACUGUUAUGUCCACUCAGGAAACCUGGAAGACCUACAAUAUAUCUAACUACAUUUGAUGUACGUAUGCGGAACGGAGAGCAUCAG